UGUUCUCUACUUCCUUGUGAUUCCUAGGGCUAAUCACAGCUCAUUUCCGCAUCCAUAACUUCUCCACCAUGCCUCUUUCAACAUUUGAUCAUAAAAGACUCAGAAACUCAAGAAACAAACAAGACUUAAACACAUCUUCCCAAAGAAAUUAUUAUACUCAUUCUGUUUUGAAUUUUCAUUUUUCAAACAUGUCUACCAAAAAUGGUUCAAGGGAAUCAAAGAGUUCUUUAAGUAGAAGGCCUCAAAAGAAGAAGACAUUCAUGUCAUUAACCUUUGAAAAGCUUGGAUGUAAAGGAGAUCAUGUAGACCCUUAUAAGCCAAUGAAGAAGAACAUGGUCAGGAGAAAGAAAACAAGAUUGUUAAGUGUCAAAAACCAAGCACAUGUUGUAGUUGAUACUCAUGAUAUAUGUUAUGCUCCACCUGGGAUUGGUUCUAUUUCUGAUGUUGUUCCUAGGCCUAAAAUCACUUCUCAAAUAUCGAAAAACAAAGAGAUCAUGAUUUUCAUACAGAACUUCCAGUUUGCAAGAGAAUUAGAUGGCUAUGAUCAAUAUAGAGGCUGGAGAUUCGAUGUAGAUGCUAUGUCAUAUGAGCAACUGGUUAAAUUGAGUGAUAGGAUUGGGUAUGUGGGCACAAGUUUGGGAGAAGAGCAAAUACUCCAACAUACAAAAAAGUUUAAGCACUCAACAAUAUCCUCCCCAUUACUUAUCUCCAAAAGCUGGAGAUGCACCAUUUGUCAAGAAAGGUACAAAGGUGGUGAUGAAAUUGGAAGACUUGAUUGUGGACACUACCAUCAUAUUGAAUGCAUAAAACAAUGGCUUCUACAGAAGAAUGCAUGCCCUCUGUGCAAAAGUGCAGUUGCUCAUGAGUUUGGAGAAGCCGGUGUAGGAUUAUUCUUUAAUGUGCUCGAGCUUUAUUUCAUGCCUGUUAACUUGUUUCCCUCGUACUCUCCUUUCUCUUGUUUUAUCACAAUGUGAACUUAUCUAUGAGUGGAAUUCUGUUGUUGACAGUCAAAUUCUACAAGAAA